AUAUAGUGUGUGAAGCUGUAGACGGGCCUACGAGUUGGCCAUCUGGGAUCAGAAGCGACCGCCAACAUGAACAGACAACUGCAGCUUAAUACGGCCAACCUGGGCCCCAAUCCAAGAUACUCUUAUAUGGAAACUCCAUUGGAAAUGCACGCUCCAGGGAGCCGACUGAGAGAUGAGAUUACACCUCCAGCGGCCGCCCAGUCAGCAGAACCACAGACUGUCAUGGAGCACUUUCAACCGCCGUUAAACGAAAAGUCGCAACAGUACCAGCAAGAUAUGGCCGUUCAAGGCUAUCCUUGCGGACCGAAUCUCGAGCAACAUCCAGCCAACUAUGCGCCGUACGCGGACGAGAUCCAGCAAGUCCAGCAAAAUCCAAAAGUGCCUGAAUACUCAUACGCACAACCUCCACAAUCCCCGGGCCCUCUCCCGGUCAAAAGGGACCUGGAAAUGGCAGAGCCGUUACCGAAAAAAGAGCCUAUGGCUGUUGUACCAGACACAAAUCCCUUACAUUCGCCCCAAUUACCUCAGUUUCCCCCUCCAGUCGCCCACGGGGCGCCAACAACACCUGUAGGAUUUGAUCUUAUGGCAUACCAUCGGCCAGGUCAAAUAACUCACCCAGAUCUGGAGAUAAAAGGCGGAUCGUGGCGCACUAGCAUGUGCGGAUGCUAUGAUGUCGGGUCAUGUUGUCUAGGACUGCUCUGUCCAUGCGUCCUAUUCGGGAAAACGCAAUAUCGACUUUCUAUGAAGUCAAGAAAUGAAGACCCAACAAAUAUGCUCGGAUAUGAAACGUGCAAUAGCUCCUGCACUGUUAUGGCUUUGCUCUGCGGUUGUCAAUGUUUCCUGGCGGCGUACCAGCGCCGUCGAACGCGAAAGGCCUAUGAAAUUGAAGGGGAUAUUGUCUCCGACUGCGUUCGAGCAACGUGCUGCACAUGCUGUACGAUCAUCCAAAACGAGGUCGAGAUCAAGAAACGGGAAGAAGAACGCGGGAGAUAUGCCAGUGCCACGGGGGCAGCAUUGGUAUCACCAUACUUGCCUCCGACGCAGAUGUCGUACGGACCACCCCCGAGGUAA